CCCUCUAGUCCUUGUACAAAAUCACUUUUACACAAAAUGUCGAUAAUGGAAUAUAAUGGAGGCUCGGUGGUAGCCAUGGUUGGAAAGGGUUGCGUAGCCAUUGCUUCAGACAAACGAUUGGGUCAACAAUUUAUGACUGUUUCAACCAAUUUCCAAAAGAUCUUCCCUGCCAGUGAAAAGACCUACAUUGGAUUGCCCGGCCUUGCAACCGACGUCCUUACACUGUCCGAGCGAUUCCGAUUCAAUAUCAACAUGUACAAAAUGGAGGAGGAAAGAGAUAUUGAACCCAAAACAGUGGCACACAUGAUUUCUUCAACAUUGUACCAACGACGAUUUGGACCUUACUUUGUAGAGCCUGUCGUUGCUGGAUUGAGCAAGGAUAAUACACCUUUCAUCUGCGCCAUGGACCUUAUUGGAUGCAUAAACUUUGCAAAAGAUUUUGUUGUGAGCGGAACGGCGAGUCAGAACUUAUACGGCAUGUGUGAAUCACUUUGGGAACCUGAUCUAGAACCCGAAGAUCUGUUCGAGACAAUCUCCCAAGCACUUUUGAAUGCUCAAGACAGAGAUGCUUUAUCUGGAUGGGGUGCUGUUGUUCACAUUAUAACGCCAGACAAGGUCAUAACACGUUCGCUCAAGUCUCGUCAGGACUAAACCAUCUGAUGUAUACGUUUCCUUUCUAUAUGCAAUAAAAUGCUUUAAAUUCUCAACGUUGUAUGGCGAGGCUUGUUGAACAUGAGUUGUCUACUAACCAAAAUGUUAGAACCAAGUGCGACAUAUAGGCUCAAAUAGUUCAAUGAGAGAGAAUGUAUAUUGAAGAUUUUAUAAAAGGGAAAAAGGUAUGUGAAGUGAUAGAAACAGAACUGUACAAAUUAAUCGACCCAACGAUGGCCGCAGGCCCUGUUACAGCAAACAUAAAAAAGGGUCAUUUUAGUAUCUGCUCGUCGCGCUGCCGACUGGAAGAACACCGCUUCCUGGUAACCGCAACGAGGGCAGGCAGUAGUGGUUCGUGGCUAUGACAAUAGAAGAAAUAUGAAUGAGUUUCAUUUCAGCGUCAGCUUAGACAAAAAGACCAUGAACAUACCAAAGUGGGAUCAGCACUAAG